UAUUGUCUUUGGAAGCUUGGAGACAAGGCUCGUGAUUAAUUGACUAGCAGAGAAUGAUAUCAUGUUCCGCUGAGUUCGACGGUAUCUGACCAAGGCAGAAGUCAAGGAAUCUCAGUAGGCCUGCUAAAUAUACAACACUUGAUGUGUAUGAGAUACAACUGAAUCAGGUCGGAAAACAAUCGCGGCUCUGUGGUAGCUUACACUUCGCCAUGUACCAUCCGUUUACCCUGUUCCACUUUAUCCUCCUUGCCGGUCAUCUUCCCAGCAAUUAUCUUUGCCUCACCUCGGAGUUUAUCCAGAAAACUCACCCGACGUUCCUUAGAGCUGUCCUGCAGCGCUCGCUGGAGGUGCAGAUGCUGACGUCACGGGAGAGUCAGGCUGAGCUUUCGCCUGGCUCGUGCUCUCGCCAACGCGCGGCGGAUGCAAUUUCGCUGGGUGGUAAUCGGUAUCGGAACCUCCUGUGCGUGCUCCAGCUUUCUGGGUGUGUUUGGUAUCCUCAUCGUUACCCCUGUCAUCAGUUACCUUGCCUACAUCGCCCGUCAUAUUCUCAACGCUUUUAUUCUUUGUUGACUCUUCAUCCCCAGGCUGCUGUAGCACUUUGGCUCCCUGACUGUGUGCAGGAGCUUCCUUGUUAUCGCGAGCAUUAUCCUCGACGCCCGCUAAGUUGGAACGUAAUUAGCUUGUAGAACAAGCGUCAAACAACAUGUACAUACCCUCCUUUGCUGGAUCACCGGCGCCUACUGCACCUCCCGCCUCAGCAGUUUUGGCCGCCUUACUCUCCGUUAUCUUGCCUAGAGGCCGAUCACGUAUCUGAGCCGCUCCUAUGGCGGCUCCGCC